AUGCGUUACUCAACCACCGCAAUUGUCUUGGCUGCCAUGUCCAUUGGUGAAGCCGUAGCUUCACCUACCCAUUCUCACCGUGCUCGACAUGAGAAGAAAGCUGCCGUGGUUGAUUUCGAGGCAUUAGACUGGGCGGAUAUGGGUAUCAACUGGUCAUCCGCCUAUGCAGCAGGCAAGGCCUCUAAAGCAGCUCCUACCGCUACCACCGAGGCUACCACCGUCGCUACCGUCGCCGCUGUCCCUACCGUCGCCGCCGACGCUGACUACGCCGAACUCGCGGGUAACAAGAUUGCCGCUGCAUAUACUACUUCAUCAGUAGCUGCCAGUGCCACUGCCACUAGCUCGUCUUCCAAGACAAGCUCCGCUAAAUCUUCCGCCACCUCUUCUUCUCUUCUCGAUGCACUCGAGGAACUCUUCGAUGACUUGGUUGGAGCUUCCAAUACUCGAACAUCUUUCGGUACCAUCGUAGCCGCUGCUGGAGGAACCACCGAUGCGUACCUUGGAAACUACGGUAGUCCAUAUGGAUCCAACGUCAUCAAGGUCGACUCCUCGGCCAGCUACUCUUUCACCGCUACGUUCGUCAAUACUCAGUCCAAGGCCAUCACCGUCAACAUCUGGAACAAAGUUGGUCCUGAUAUGCAACCACUUUCCGGGUCUGCGUUAGCGCCAAAGAACACAACACUCACCCUUCCUCUCGCAGCUGGUGCUUCUCAGACCAUUGCUUUCGAUGAGGACUCUCAAAUCGCCUGGGCCCAGGCCUGCAGUUCAACUGCAUUUUCCGGUGCCUACGAUACCACCUGGGGUGAGGCUCAAUUCCUCAAGUCUGGUUCUGGAUACGAUAUGUCUGCCAUCAUGAACUCAGCUGGCAACAACUACAACAUGACCAUCAGCAGUGAGGAAGCUUCAGGUUGCACCAGUGACCCCACCCAAAACUACUGGUUGACUGAUACCCAGCCAAUUGGUACCAGCGACGGCAGCUGUUUCAUUUCACAAGAUACUGCCACUUUGACAGUUCUCAUGGCCGGACCAAUGUAA